AAUUCUAACUCCUGUGAUACAGAUGAAAGAUGUUCUGUUAGAGAACUCUGAGAUCUGUAAAUUAGACCUCCUUGUGAAAGAUAUCCAAAGGCAAGUAAAUGAACUUCAGAAAAAAUUAGGUCAGUUUGAUAGAAUGUCACUGCCAUUGUCAAAUAUCACGGAGAGCAGUUCUGAUAUUGGCCAGGUUAAGUCUUUGCUGGAUGUAACUCAAAGCAAGCUUUCGGAUUUAGACCCAAUAGCCUGUCUGUUAAGAAAGCAUCCUAAAAUGUCUCCAGACACCCUAAAUAAGGCUGAAAAUAUGAUUGACUGCUUGGCUGCGGAGGUGAUGAAGCGUAUAACCUCUUCUCACCAGGCUAUAGUUUACAAUGUCCCAGAUUCUCUUCCUCUGAAGACUGUUAAACACAAAAUCCUGAUUUGUUGCGGCAUGGCCAGUGUUCCAUGUGAAUGCAAAAGACUUCGUAAAAAGUCUAACCAGGCUAACUGUC